AUGGGCGUUACCGACGUGCUGAGCCGAAAGUCUGGCGUCAUUGUGGGAGACGAUGUCCUGAGACUGUUUCAGUACGCCCGGGAGAAGCAAUUUGCAGUCCCCGCCAUUAACGUCACUUCAUCCUCAACUGUGGUUGCGUCCCUUGAGGCUGCCCGCGAUGCCAAAGCUCCCAUCAUCCUCCAGAUGUCGCAGGGAGGUGCUGCUUACUUCGGCGGCAAGGGUCUGAGCAAUACCGACCAAGCCGCUUCCAUCGCUGGUGCUGUUGCGGGUGCCCAAUACAUUCGUAGCAUUGCUCCCUCUUACGGCAUCCCAGUAAUUCUCCACACUGACCACUGCGCCAAGAAGCUUCUGCCAUGGCUCGACGGCAUGCUCGACGCUGAUGAAGCUCACUUCAAGGCCCAUGGCGAGCCUCUGUUUAGCUCACACAUGAUCGAUCUCUCAGAGGAACCUGUCGAUUGGAAUAUCGAGACUACCGCCAAGUAUCUUAAGCGAGCGGCUCCGAUGAAGCAGUGGCUCGAGAUGGAGAUUGGCAUCACUGGUGGCGAAGAAGAUGGCGUCAACAAUGAAGACGUUGACAACGCGUCUCUUUACACCCAACCUGAGGAUAUUCUCAACAUCUACAACGCCUUGUCUCCCAUCUCUCCAUAUUUCUCUAUUGCUGCUGGCUUCGGUAAUGUCCACGGCGUCUACAAACCCGGGAAUGUCAAGCUCCACCCCGAGCUGCUCGGCAAGCACCAGGCUCACGUCAAGGAAGCCAUCAAGUCCAAGGAGGACAAACCUGUUUACUUUGUCUUCCACGGUGGCUCUGGGUCCAGCAAGAAAGAGUACCUCGAUGCCAUCAGCCACGGCGUCGUCAAGGUCAACAUGGACACUGAUAUGCAGUUUGCCUACAUGAGUGGCAUCCGCGACUAUAUGCUGAACAAGAAGGACUACCUCCUCACUGCUGUUGGCAACCCCGAUGGCGAAGAUAAACCCAACAAGAAAUUUUUUGAUCCCCGUGUUUGGGUCCGCGAGGGAGAGAAAACUAUGUCUGCCCGUGUUACUGAGGCUCUUAAGGACUUCAGCUGUGCUGGGCAGGUGUAG